GCCAAGUGGAUGGAGGAAGUGGAGCUCUCCACCCUCCAGCCUCCCCCUGGCACUUCUCAUAAAUAUUACCGACGCUUAUUCGAGGGGAACUCGCAGCACAAAGUCACGUCGUGUCCCGGUGUGUUUAACACAUUUUCACCCCUGAUUUUAGCCCAAAAUUUGCCUUUUUUUUUUUUUUUUUUUUAUCCGUUUCUCUAGCGGCUUCAGCGCCCCGUCGGAUCCUCCGCAGGCGGUGGUUUCUUUCCUUCGCACACAUUCAACUUUACGCGCCGGGUUGGUGCGCACCGACCUGCCGGAGCAGCGCUGCUGCCUGUCACCGAUACCCGGUUGCGUCUCUCCUGCAUGCCGGAGCUCCAGUCCGGCUGUAAUGAAGGCAAAGGGUGCCGAGAUAAAACUCGGGCGCUGAGUUUUCAUUUGGAGCUCUGAAACGAAGCCUGCGACUCAGACAAGUUGGUAACUGGACUUUUUAUCCGCUGAAGAGCAAAACACACCGCUUCUACUUCAACAGUUUUCUUGUUGUACUCCUAAAGUAAAAUAUUUAUUUUUAAAAAAAAGGGGGGUGGGGGACAAUUUCCUUGAGAGACUGUAGAAAGACCUGAACAUUCAUGAUGAGCAAACCCGCCGGUUCAACAAGUGGCUGUUUGGAUAUUCUGAACGUCAAAUCAAGUCGGAUUCUGGACAUCCCAUGCAAAGUGUGCGGCGAUCGCAGCUCAGGAAAACACUACGGUGUUUACGCAUGCGACGGCUGUUCGGGAUUCUUCAAGAGGAGCAUCCGGAGGAACCGAACCUAUGUGUGCAAGUCGGGCUCACAGGGUGGCUGUCCCGUUGACAAAACUCACAGGAACCAAUGCCGAGCGUGUCGUUUGAAAAAGUGUCUGGAAGUGAACAUGAAUAAAGACGCCGUCCAGCAUGAAAGGGGGCCCCGGACGUCCACCAUCCGCAAACAAGUCGCCCUUUAUUUCCGGGGCCACAAAGAGGUGAACGGCUCCUCGACCCACUUCCCGGGAUCUUCGCUGCCCGGGCCUCCCUUCUUCACCACGGUCACGCAGCUGGAGCCCCACAACCUGGAGAUGAGCUCAGUAGCAACCACGCCAGAAAGACAGGCGAUCGUGGGUUUAGCACAACCCACCCCCAAGUAUCCCCAUGAAGUCAGUGGCACCCCAAUGUAUUUAUACGAGGUGGCCACGGAGUCCGUGUGCGAGUCCGCAGCGCGCCUCCUCUUCAUGAGCAUCAAGUGGGCCAAAAGCGUCCCCGCAUUCUCCACCCUGCCUCUGUCUGAUCAGCUGAUCCUGUUGGAGGACGCCUGGAGGGAGCUGUUUGUUCUGGGUAUCGCUCAGUGGGCAAUUCCUGUGGACUCCACGACUCUCCUUGCUGUCUCUGGGAUGAACACAGAAAACACAGAAUCUCAGCGGAUGAACAAGAUCAUGUCUGAGAUCCAGGCACUUCAGGAGGUGGUGACCAGAUUCCGACAGAUGCGGCUGGACGCGACGGAGUUCGCGUGUUUAAAAUGCAUCGUGACGUUCAAAGCAGUUCCUACCCAAGGCAGCACUGAAUUAAGGAGUUUCCGCAAUGCCAGCGCCAUCGCUGCACUACAAGAUGAAGCACAGCUCACACUCAACAGCUACAUCCACACCAGGUACCCAACUCAGCCCUGCCGCUUCGGGAAGCUGCUGCUGCUCCUCCCGGCACUCCGCUCCGUCAGCCCCUCCACCAUAGAGGAAGUGUUCUUUAAAAAGACCAUCGGGAACGUUCCCAUCACAAGGCUUCUGUCCGACAUGUACAAAUCAAGUGAUAUAUGAACUAUCUGACUGUCCAGAGGCGUGAAAAAGGACUAAGACAUCCACCCAGGUCUGGACAGAAGGUCAACUCAACGUAGGUGCAGCAGACGCGGGUUGAAGUUUUCACGGAGCACAAAGUCUUUUUAGGCCUGUAGGCUCCACACUGAAGUAAAGACUCCCAACACAGUCGGAUCACCUAUUAACAGUUGCACUAGUUAAGGAUUAGGCUCAGAAAAUUGCAGUUUACAGUAUUUAAAUGUCGCCUUAAGACUCUAAAAGAGCGCCUGCCAAGUCCAUUUUUAAACAGAAAUGCUGUACAUUACGAUGUCUUUCGAGUGUCUUUGAGACCAAUGAGCUUGAUGACCAAUUUAAUCUUGUAAUUGCUGUGUUCAGUCCCAGUGGAGGAAACCAAAAAGAUGCCCCAACAGUGAGAGGGCCCCGAGUCGCUGUUCCACAAUCCAGUGCUGAAACCAAAUGCACAAAAAGGGGGCAACAACGAAGAAAAUAGACUUUGACGUGAAAACCGUUGCUGUAAAAUUAUUCGAGGAAGUCAUUGCAGAGGCUGCUGUCCCAUCCGUCGGUGUGUCCUGCUUUCAGACGCAGCAGCAUUUCAAAAAUGUCUUUAGGUUGAUUUUGUGACGACAGACACUAACAUUGGAUAAAAUAAUAUUCAGCACUUGGAAAUGUUCUUUUGUGGCCUGUGUUCUUUUGAGUUUGCUGUAAAUAUCUUGAGUUAUAACUAUUUAGAGUUGUAACAAAGAGAAUAAAAGAGGUGAAGACU